GUGCUGCACUGGGCAACAUAGCACGGUUUGCUGUAAAGCUGGGGAAAUGCCUUCAAAGAAAAAGAAGAUUGUGAAGAAAAAGAAGAAAACACUUACUGGGAAAGAGUCUAAAAAACCUUCGGAAAGUUAUAAUUGUCCUCUUGACUCCAUUGCACCAGAAAAUGUUCCUCCACCCAUCCCACUGGGGGAGAAGUUGCUCGCUUUUCUUCAAGAGUGGAAAGAAGAACAACAAGAGAUGGCUUGUGGAGAUUUAUCCUGCAAAAUCCAGCAGGAAUUGACACCCCAGGACAUCAGGGAUCUCAGGGUCGUGUUUAACAACUCCGACACAAAUAAAGUGGGGUAUCUUAAUGCAACCGAUGUUCACUCGGCCCUCCGUACCCUUGGUUUUGGUGUCAAUCAGGAGGAACUGGGCACAACGCUGAGAAGUUUGGGGCCAUUAAAAAAAGAGAAUGUGAGUUUCCGUGAGUUCCUCCAGAUUGUUAUAGAGCAUCAGGGAGAAGCAAGAGAUACCCUUGAGGAGAUUAAACAGGGAUUUGAUCUCUUUGAUUGCGACAGUGAUGGGAAGAUCACUUUUGACAAUCUCAAGGAGGCCUGUAAGUCUGCUGGUGUCUACUUCUCCCACCAGGAAUUACGGGAGAUGAUCAGAGAAGUGGAUACAGAUGGAGAUGGCACAGUGGACAUGGAAGAGUUUAUUGAUCUCAUGCUGCAAACAAGCCUGUUCUAACUGAUCACAUUCCCCUGGACGUUUCCAAUCUGUAGGCACCUUCAUUCCUAAUCCAUAUCUCAAGUAUUUGAUUUUUCCAUCCUGGGAAAAGGUUCUGACUGUCUACCCUACCUUGUCUCAUAAUUGUAUAAACGUCUAUCAAAUCACCAACGCAACACCAACACAAAUCAAUAUCAAAAAACCACCAUCUCUGCAUCUGGUCCAGACCAUCUCUUUGUUGGAAUCCACAGCCAACAUAGAACACAGAUCAUAGAACAGUAGAGCACAAGAACAGGCCCUUCAGCCCACAAAGUCCAUGCUGAAUAUGAUCCAAGUCAAACUAAUCUCCUCCGUCGGCACAUAAUAUUUUCCCUUUUAUUUUCAGAGAAAGAUCCAGUUCCCCUUCUUCCACUCAGCUGCUCAAGGUUUAGCUACAAGGGGUGUGUGCACAGGGAUGCCUGGCCUGUAUGACGUUUUGUCAUUGAGCGCUUUGUGCUGUUUUGUGCCCUGUUAUUUUCUAUGAAUAUCACCUUGUAUAUCCCUUACAGUUUCCUAGUACUCCAUCUCUGGUGCUGAGCUUGUAGAUGACUCGUUUCUGCUGGUAGAAACAGUAUCAGAUUGAAAUGAAGGUCCUUCCCUCAUGAUCAUUGAAAGUUUGCCUCAGCAAGCAAAGUCAGGAUUGCAUUUCUGAUUCACAAGGGCAGAUUGAAGUAUCUGGGGAGGUGCUUGUCAGAGUGGGACCAAAGGUGUCUGGGAAAAGGAUUGAAGAGUCUCUCAUCACCAACUCUUCAAUCCUUUUGUCUCACACCUUCUGUCUUUUCAUCUCUAGCCUUUAUCCAACGAUCUUUCUAUCAAGUAACCCUCCUCCCCUGUGUCUACCUAUUACCUGCCAA